AUGUCUGAUGAGGAUGAUACCUAUGAGAUCCCACUACAAGACCAAAGGGUAUUUGGCGCAGGAAUCAAGCGCAAGAGAGUGAAAUUCGUACCGUCAACAUCAAACGACCCCGCCACGAGGACUCCUGCAAGCAAUACUUCCGCCAAGUCUGUCAGUGAUCUCUACCUAAAGCUGGUGCUCCCAUCGGAUCCACUGAGUACAGAUGAAAAGGCAGUAUCUCCCGGGCAAGAGCCGGACGGGUGGGCUGUGACUUUGAAAGACAAAAAGCCUGCAAUACCGCAGGUUUGCGAAAUAUGCAACCUACCGGUCUUAUCUGAUAAUGCUUCAAAAUCAAGCAACACAGAUCUCACAGAUUCACCUCCUCUGGACUCAAAACCUCAUCCACAUGAAGCUUCUCUAGCCCACCAAGUCUGUCUUACACACAGCUACCCACCCUCACACAUCGACCGCAACCGAAAGGGCCUCGCAUAUCUCUCCUCCUACGGGUGGGAUCCCGAUUCGCGGCUGGGUCUAGGAGCUUCUGGACAAGGAAUACAAUUUCCCAUCAAAACGAAACCAAAAGACGACAAAAUGGGGAUAGGUGUUGUGUUACCCAAUGAGAGUGAGAGGAGGAAGAAAGUGAAGACAGAGAAGUAUGAUGCGGGGAUGGUGAAGAAGAUGUAUGAAACGGAUAAGAGGAAGACGGAAAGGUUGAGGGAGAUGUUUUAUCGGAAUGACGAUGUGGAGAAGUAUCUUGGAGGGGGUUAG